AUGCCGUGCCGUGCCCUCUCCCUGGCGGCCCUAGUGGGCCUUGCCCUGCUGGCGGCCAGCCCUCAGCUGGCAGCCGCCCAGGAUGACACGACAUUGGCGGAGGACUGCACAGCGGAAGUCCAGAGCGCAGUGGACCAGGGCAACUGCUCCGCGAUAGCCUGCCCGGAUUCAUGCAUCGAGGCCCUGGCGCAGAUUCCCGUGGGCUGCGUCUGGGCCGCCAUCAACUACACCUUGGAACAGGGAGCUGCGGCAAGCAGCUUGAGCCAGCUCCAGGCUGACAUUGAUGCGUGUGGCUUUGGCAAAUUCUUCGUCAUCAAUUCGACCGACUCCCACCAGUUUGACACCGGCGCCUCCACAACGACAAUUGUGAAGUACUUGAUAGGCAUCUGCCUGGGAGCGGUCCUCAUGAGCAUCGUGUUCAUUAUUCUGAUGGCGGCGCCAGCUUUCCUGGGAAAGGCCAUCGGCGCCCCCACCGUGCUGGUUGCGGGCGGCAAGCGGGCCAUGAUGCAGGGCAAGGCAGCCUUGGUGCAGCGCACGGAAGCGUUGGCAAACCAGAGCUGGGCCACGGCAGCCAAGGAGAGCUGGGCUUCUGCUGCCGACGCGUUUGGUGGCAGCAGCCAUGCUGGCAAGGACGCAGCGGUGGUUUACCAUGCUCCUGGGGUCGCCAAAUCCGCGGCCAUGGAGGCGGCAGCAGGAGCCAAGAAAGCGGCAGCAGAGGCAGCACAUGCGGCGAUGGAAGUGGAGGAGCAGGCAGCAGGCUUUGCGGGCGAAGCGGUGGACGCUGGAGAGGCGGCCCUGGCUGGGCUGCAGCACAGCGUGGUCGAGGAAGGAGCGCCAGCUCGCAGAAAUGACAUGGAGGGAGGCGGCACGCCCAAGGGCCUGCAGGCUGUCCAGACCCAUGCCAGCGAGGGGGCGAGGACCGCUUUUGUGGUGUGGGCGUUUCUGGCCGGUGGCCUCUACAUUGCUUCGCUCGCCUUGCUCGUCAUUGGCACGCUGCAAUUUGUGCACAAUUCGGUGGCGGCGUACUCCCUGGACCGCAACGACAACGAUGGAGCGCUGGUCGCCAUGCAGUGGCUGAUCAUUGGCGCCAUCAUCCUCGUCGGCGUCUGUGAUCUGUGUGCAAUUUGGAUUGUGAUGGCCGCCAACAAGGCGGAGUUCACGCUGUGGCGCUGGAGGUGGCGCAACUUCCUCUACAGUCAAUGGGUGGAGAGAUACGCCUACAAAAUCCACGUGGUGGUGGCAGGGCUGGUCACCCUGGUCAUGUCUGUGUUUACUUCGUUACUGAGGGGGAGCAUGGUGCUGCUGCAGGCCUGCAUCCUGUUUGGGAUUGGCCUCAUCGUUGUCGUCAUCCAGCUGUCGGUGCAGCUGUUUUGCGCCGAAAUUGAUUCGCUGAGCGUCAACGGCAUCCCCAUCUCCGACGUCUGCAUCAACAUGCCCACCAGUGAAGUGCCCAUCUGUGGCUGGGGCGCGAUGGACAUCUGUUAUGAUAUCACCAAUAUGGGCGUCCUGACCCUUGUCCUUGGGGCCGCCCUGCUGCUGUGGUCCCACAUCAUUUGGUUCACACUGUUGCUCCUUUCCACAUGGCGUUACCUGAACUGGACUGUGGUUAUUGCGCCUAAUGGGGCAGGCGAGUCGACUGCGUCCCUGCUGGACAAGAACGGCGAGGCCAGGGCACGCCGCUACUGCGGCAAGGCAGCCGCGAUGAGCGGGGGCAGGGUGAAGGACGUGAGCGACGAGUUCAUGGUGGAGGACGCGACGCCUUCGGGAGGACCCAGGCAGCUUUCAGGGGCGCAGCGCGAAACAGACCCGCACCGGCUGGCGCAGCGCCAGAAGCAGCUCGACCUCGGCAAGAACACGCUUGGGUACCAGCGCUACCGCCAGGCCGUGCCCAGGGAGCGGCGCAACAAGAAGACAGAUCCCAUGACGCCUGACGUCUACCAGAUGUGCAGCAAGCGGGCGUUUGAGGGUCAGGUCAAGAAGUGGCGGCGCCAGCUGCAUGCCUGGGACCCUCCAGAGGACGGCGGCGAGCCGGCGCUGCUGCCGGUGCACUCGGAUGUGGGCGGCCUUGCCAGCAACCCGCCGCCGCCGGCCGGCGAGCCCUCAGACGACUUUGAACACAUCUCGCACGCAGCAGAUGUGGCAAGCGAGCAGUGCGCCGCGACCCCAGACAUGGGCAGCGGCAGCGGCAGCCGUGCGCCAAAAAACGGGGGGGCGCUGCGGGUGGGGCCUGCCGGCCUGCCGCUCAAGAUUCCGUCGGCCAUGCGCAAGCGCGGGUUCGACGAGACUAUGGCGGCGGCUGGCAACAACGAGAACCUCCACCCGCAGCGCAACAUGCAGGCGCAGCCGGCGGCACCCGACGCCAAGCUGCAGAGGCGUUCCUUGGAAGCAGAGGAGGGGCCCAAGGCGGGCAGCGGGGCGGCAAGCGUUCCAAACUGGACUGACCAGCGCUUCCAGGACCCCGAGUUGGACUAUGGCGCCAGCGAGGAGGAGGAAGACGGCGGCUGGCAGCAUGUGCCGCGCGCGGCUGAGGGGCGCCUGCCGGGGCAGUACAAGAGCAUCUACAACAACAUAGCGGCAGAGCAGUGGGAUGAGGAGGAGGUGCAGAUCUGA